CAGAGGUUCGUUUGGAUGGGAGGCGCUGCGCGUUCUUUAUCAUUUGCAGAUCCGGACAGCCGAAAGCGCUUUUGCGAGAACAAUUAAAUAAAGUAGACACAUCUGAAGAUGCAGACGCGUGUUUGUUUGGAGAUUAAGGACAUUCAAACGAAAACGACAAUGGUGUGAAGCAAACUCCAGAACAUCCAUUCACUAAAUAAAAUUAUGGAAGACCCUGGUGGCUUUAUUUGAUGAGAGAAGAUGGGAGACGCCAACAACAGCACAUUAAAUUGGACAUGGACCUUGGGACAAAGCCACCCACUGGAUAGCAUUAUGCCAAAUUACGACAUUCCUCUGGAUUACGAGAUUCCAGUAGACGAGAUCCCGGACACGACUCAGGGCCAAGCGUUCUUCGUGGCCACGAUCGUCAUCGGCAUGGUCCUGGUCUGCAUCAUGCUAGUGUGCGGCAUUGGAAAUUGUGUCUUCAUUGCCUCAUUGGCACGUUACAAAAAACUUCGAAAUCUGACCAAUUUGCUCAUCGCCAAUUUGGCAAUAUCAGACUUCCUGGUGGCGACCGUGUGCUGUCCGUUUCUGGUGGAUUAUUACGUGGUGAAACGCCUAUCGUGGAGUCACGGGAUUGUGCUCUGCAUCUCCAUAAACUACCUGAGGACAGUGUCUCUGUACGUGUCCACGAACGCUCUGCUAGCCAUCGCUGUGGACAGAUACAUGGCUAUCGUUCAUCCCCUGAAGCCCCGUAUGAAGUAUCAGACGGCGUACUGGAUUAUUUUUGGGGUUUGGAUCAUCCCCAUCCUCAUCUCUGUACCCUCAGCUUACUUCGCUACAGAACACGAGUAUCCGCACAGCACUGUGGGCCAUGACAAAAAGGUCUUCUGCGCCCAGAUCUGGACCGUGGACCAGCAACUUAUUUAUCGCACCUACUUCCUUUUCGUAUUCAUCGUUGAGUUUUUGGGACCCGUGAUCACCAUGGCGAUUUGCUACGCCCGCAUCUCCAAGGAGCUGUGGUUCAAGAACGUCCCAGGGUUUCCGACAGAGCAACUGCGCAGACGGUUGCGUCGCCGACGCCGGACGGUCGUAGCGUUGAUCGCGGUUCUGGUGGCGUACGUCUUGUGUUGGGCACCGUACUACAGUUUUUCACUGCUGCGGGACUUUUACCCAGCGCUGAUCACGCGCGGCCGAAACUCACUGGUGGUUUUCUACAUCAUCGAGUGCAUCGCUAUGAGCAAUGGGGUCAUCAAUACUCUCUGCUUUGUGAGCGCCAGGAACAAUGCCACAAAAUGUUUCAUGGCUAUCAAACUCGCCAACUGGCGCUCGGUCACGAGGGUCAUCGUUGGCAAAAUAACAGAGGACGAAAUCAGGACUUCAUCUUUGCGAGUGACAGAGGAUGUUGAGUGUACACGGAUCAAGUAAAAGCCUUAAACCAGCUUGAUCAGCCUGGAAGCUUGGCUGAGAUGGUUGGCUGGUUUAAAAUGGAAGCAGCUGGUUUAAUGAGUAGUUCACCCAAAAUUGUCCCUAUUUACCUGAAUAUAGUAAUAUUUAUUCUUACUAUGAAAAGUCAAUGGGCACCAUUUUGGGUGAGCUACUCCUUUAAGCUGGUCUCCCAGCCUGACUAGCUAAAAAAGUGGCCAAAACCCCUUAAAAAAACAGCUUGCUACACAAGCGUAACCAGCUAAAACCAGGUUGGAAGACCAGCUAAAACCAGCUUAAGGUGGUUUCAUCUGUUUUUUUUCAAUAGGGCUGAAAAGGUUAACACCAGGUGACCCUACAUUGACCUUCGAGGU